GUACCACCACUACCUGGCUAAAAGUUUCAAAAAUACACUAAUAUAUAUGGAAAUAUUUCAAAAUCCAAAAUAGUGGUGACCAAAGCAUUUUGCAUAAAUGCAUAUGUCAUUUAACUCUGACAUAAAGAAGCAGAUAUGGGGCUUUUUAAGCAGCUCAGCUGAGACCUUCAGAGGUAGGACUCAGAGGCUUUCAGUCUGAGGAAACAGGAUCAGCUGAGGAGUUUGUGAGGCCUCACUAGCCACUUGACCUGCUAGUCAGAAGUGGUGCAAGGUCCUUCCAACAGCCAGCUUCAGGCUUGACUUUGAAGAGAAGGCACCAGUGGUUUUGUGUGGUCUGCUGCAAGUGCAGGGAGCUGAACAGAGAGCAUGGACAAGCAGGGAAAUCACAACAUGAAUGCAGUGACCUAUGAUGAUGUUCAUGUUGGCUUCACUUGGGAAGAGUGGGCUUUGCUGGAUCCUUCCCAGAAGAAUCUUUACAAAGAUGUGAUGCUGCAGACCUACUGGAACCUCACUACUAUAGGAUACUGUUGGGAAGACCAUAAUACUGAUGAACAUUGUCAAAGUUCUAGAAGACAUGGAAGGCAUGAAAGAAGCCAAACUGGAGAGAAAACUUCUGUAUAUAUUCUGUGUGGUAAAGCCUUUGCAUAUGAGAGUCAUCUUCACAGGCAUGAAAGAACACAUACUGGAGAGAAACUCUUUGAAUGUAAUCAGUGUGGUAAAGCUUAUGCUCAUCACAGUAGUCUUCAGAUGCAUAAGAAAAUACAUACUGGAGAGAAACCCUAUGAAUGCAAUCAAUGCGGUAAAGCCUUUGUUCGUCACUGUAGUCUUCAGAUGCAUAAAAGAACACAUACUGGAGAGAAACCCUAUGAAUGUAAUCAAUGUGGUAAAGCCUUUGCCCAGCAUGGUCAUCUUCAAAGGCAUGAAAGAACACAUACUGGAGAGAAACUCUUUGAAUGUAAUCAGUGUGAUAAAGCUUAUGCUCAUCACAGUGGUCUUCAGAUGCAUAAGAGAAAACAUACUGGAGAGAAACCCUAUGAAUGCAAUCAAUGUGGAAAAGCCUUUGUUCAUCACAGUAGUCUUCAGGUGCAUAAAAAAAUACAUACUGGAGAGAAACCCUAUGAAUGUAAUCAAUGUGGUAAAGCCUUUGCACGACAUGGUCAUCUUCAAAGGCACAAAAGGACACAUACUGGAGAGAAAUUAUACAAUUGUAAUCAGUGUGAUAAAGUCUUUUCAAAACACAUUAGUCUUCAAAUACAUAAAAGAAGACAUACUGGAGAGAAACCUUAUGAAUGUAACCAAUGUGGUAAAGCCUUUGUUCAUCACAGUAUUCUUCAAAGGCAUGAAAGAUUACAUACUAGAGAGAAAGCCCAUGAAUGUAGUCAAUGUGGUAAAGCCUUUAUAUGUCAGAGUCAUCUUCAAAUGCAUAAAAGAACACAUACUGGAGAGAAGCCCUAUGAAUGUAUUCAAUGUGGUAAAGCCUUUGUACAACAGAGUCAUCUUCAAAUCCAUGAAAGAACACAUACUGGAGAGAAACCCUAUGAAUGUAUUCAAUGUGGUAAAGCCUUUGCACAGCGUGGUAAUCUUCAAAUGCAUGAAAGAAUACAUACUGGAGAAAAAAAACUAUGAAUGUAAUUAAUGUGGUAAAGCAUUUGUAUCACAGUCAUCUUCAAUUGCAUUAAAGAACACAUACUGGAAAGAAACCCUAUGAAUGCAAUCAGUGUGGUUAAACCAUUACAUACACAGUCAUCUUCAAAUGCAUCAAACAACACAUACUAGAGAGAAGCCCUAUGAAUGUAUUCAAUGUGGUAAAGCCAUUGCAUAUCACAGUCAUCUUCAAAUGCAUAAAAGAACACAUACUGGAGAGAAACCCUAUGAAUGUAAUAAGUGUUGUAAAUCCUUUGUAUGUAUCAGUAAUCUUUGAAAUAAUGAGAAAAAGUCAUUGCAGAAAAACACUAAAAAUAUAGUCAGUGUGAUAAAGUUUUGCACUUUACCCAAGAGUAAAAUUUUUGUGUGCAUUGACUUUCUUAAAGCCUUUGCUUAUCACAAUAGACUUUGAAUACCUGAAAAUGAUACUGAGGGCUAUUUAUUAUAAUGUAUUUAGUAAAAUCUUUAGCCAACACACUUACAGUCAGUUACAUAACAAUGUUUAUUCUGUAGAAAGAAAUUGACAGUGUCAACAAACUGUUCAAGCAUUAUCAUGUCCGUUUUUAUAUUGUUUGCACCAGCUAUCUCAUGGGG